AUGGUUAUAUCAUUUAUUAAAAAACGUUAUAUGAAUAUGACACACCAUCAUCAGCAACAAGAUGGUGAUCAAAACAAACAGAAUCAACAGAAUACUAAUGAAAAUCAAAGUUGGGACGAUCCAAGAUCACCAAGUAGAUCGAUAAAGAGAACACCGACUCGAAGACGUAGUGUCAUUCAACAACUUCAGAAUCUCGAAGAUCCACGUUCACCAUCGAUGCGCGUUCCUCGCAGUCCAAUUCCAAGCGGAUUCAACCGUCGUGGUUCCAUCUCGCUGAUCGACCCGAGAUCGCCCAGCCAAGGCAUUGCCCGUUCGCCAUUGAAAUUCUCAUUGACAGCAGGAUCCACUACUCAUGAGCAGCAGGAGAUCAUCGAUCCACGUUCACCAACACUCAACGUUCCAAGAACACCGGUGGUCGCUUCUGAUCUCAGAAAAUCUGUCAUUCUCGCCGAUGCACAACGGCUACUGGAUCCAAGAUCGCCAACUCUUGGAAUUCCUCGAACUCCAAUAACAUUGCGCUCCACCGUCCACAAUGACAAUUGUGAUGCCAUAGCUCAGACACCAAAUGUCCAAUAUUAUAAUGAAACAAACAUUCCAUCCACACCAAUCACCAACGAACCAAUUCCACUUUCAUUCAACACCGGCGUUGAACCAAUUACUUUACACAACGAAUUUGAAUCAAGUCCAAAAGAUAUUAUUACUCCAACAAGUCAAGAAGAAGAAGAGGAAGAAGAGGAGGAAGAGGAAGAACAGGAAAAAGAAGAAGAGGAACAAGAACAAGAAUCAUCCGAUAACUAUACAAUCACAGCAGAGGUUGAGAAUAAUGAUACAAUUACCACUACUUCUUCCACCACGACAACUAAUGUCGAUGCAGAAGUAAAUAUAUUACCAGCUUUAUUACCAUUUGAAUACAAUAGCCAAGAAGGAGAAGAUCAACAGAUAACAACUACCCUCGACUUUGAUUUUGUUGAGGAGGUAAAGAUUUAUACUCCAACAAAACCAAUCGAUCUUACACCAAAGAGAAGAAGCCAAAUGAGAUUGGGACAAAUGAAGAAUCGUGAUAUUUUCAUAUCGUCGCCAACACUUUCCAGUUACUCUCCGAAACGUUACAGCAAUGCAGUCCUUCAGGAUUUGAAGCUGUCAAACUCCUCAUCGAAACGUAGCUCUGUCACAGAAGCCUUUGGAAAGCUCAACAUCUCUUCAAGUCCAUCGGUUUCCUCCACUCCACUCUCACAAUCACCAUCGAUCAGUCGUCGAGUUACUUCAACCAAGCUCACUGGUUUCAACUGUUCCGACAACAACAAUAACCAACAGCAAUCAGUGGUCGAUGAAAACAAUCCCAACAUAUUGAACAGCAGUCUUUCCAAUAUGAAAUCCAGUGGAAACAAUGUAAUUACCAAACCACUGACACCCAAGACACCAAGACUUAGAAAUGGACAGUCACCAAGUAUCACAAGAAAAACAGAGUUGAGAGCAUUGUCAAUGAAAUUCGAUGGUAGUCCAAUGAAGUUAAAUUUCGACUCCUCUGUAAUCAACUAUUAA